AUGGCAUGUAUAAAUCAAGGUAAACCAAUAUCUCCACGAGUUAAAUUUAAAACUAUCCAAAAGAUAAAAGAACAAGAAUAUAUUACAGAACAAGCAUAUUUAAUACCUGAAAAUGACGGAACUGCGAUAUAUUUAAGUUAUGAAUUAAAUAAAUCAUUAGAAAAUAUUUUUAAAAGAUAUUCAAUAAAUGGAUAUAUGGGUGUUAAUGAAUUCAUAAAAAUGUGCUAUGAUUAUAAUUUAUUACCUCAAAAUAAAAAUAAAGACAUACUACAUUAUAUAUUCAAAUCACCCAAAUCAUCAAAAAAUGGGUAUAUAGAAUAUAAAGAUUUUUUUCAAAUACUACAUAGGCUUAGUGGAUUUUUAUUUCGUAAAUUAAUAAUGACAGAACAAGAAAAAUUCAAUGUAUUAAUUAAGCAUUUAACUGCAUUAAAAUUUUCAAAAGAAGUCUUAAAAAGCGAAAAGUAUAAUGUAGGAAUACAAGUUUCAAUAAAAAAACAAACUGUUGGUAUCAAUGCUGUUUGUGUUAUGACGAACUCAUCUUGCAACACUAAUGUCGAUGUAAAAAAUGAAGGAACUAUGACGGAUAUAACAGAAAUAAAAAUAAAUGAAGAUAAUAAGGAAGAAAAAAAAAGUGAAGAGUUAAAUACAAACAAUAUCAAUUGUACUAUGUUAAAAUCACGAAGUUUUGAUGAAAUAGAAAUAAAAGAAAAAAUAAAUGAAAUGGAAAAAAAAUGUAUUCAAAAAGAAGAAGUUAUUAAAAAAUUAAAAGAAGAAAUAAGCAACGCAUUAAAAAUGAUUGAAGAGAAAAAUAUUGAAAUUGAGAAUAUCAACAAAAAUAACUUAAAUCUAUUAGAAAUUGAAAGAAAAAAAAUUACUGAACUAAAAAGUGAAAUAAAAAAAUUACAAGAAGAAAAAAAUGAUUUAGAGAAAAAACAAAAAGAAAUAAUAGAAGAUUUUGAAAAUAGAGAGCAACUUCAAUUAACUAAAAAGGAGGAAUCAAAAAAAAUAGACAUGGAAUAUUUAGAAUUAAAAAGGCUAUUAUUUUUGUCUGGUGAAGAAGAAUCAGUGUUAAUGAAAAUUUUUUCGUUAUAUAGUACUUAUAAUGGAGAAAUUGUAGAAUAUGUAAUGGACAAAAAACGUUGUGCUAAUUUUUUGGUAACUUAUUACUUAUUAAGAAAAAAUGGAAAGAAUGAAAAAAACAUAAACUUAAAUAUAGAAAAUGCAGAAAACUUAUUUAAUGAAAUAUUAAAUAAAAGAAAGUAUAUUGAGGGUAUUAAUUUAAGUGAAGAUGUUUUUACCUAUUUUUACUUUAAGCUUCUUCUAUGCAACAUAGGAAUGUUUAUGUAUCCCGAAUUAUCAAAAAGAGAAAGCUUUUUAGAAAUAGUUUUAAACCAUAUAUUAUUUCUUAAUAAAAAUGAAGAUAUUAUAAAUGGAAAAGAAAAGAACACUAAAAUUAAAAAAAAAAGUAAAAUAAAAACAAAAGGUUCAAAUGAGAUAGAAGUUUUUACGGGAAACAUCAUAGGAAGAUACACAAGUAGUGAUAAAAGUACCAAUUCUAAUGAUUUUAAAAAGAAAAGAGAAAAAAAGAAGCUAGAAAAUGAUGAACAAAGAUUAAUAUUACAACAAAUGAAACCUAAAAAUUGCAAUACAGACCAAUCAUUUGAAUACAUUGAAUCAAAUAAAACAAAAAAAAAAAAAAAAAAUGAUAAAAAAAAAAAUAAAGAAGGAAAAGCAAAAGAAAUUACUAAUUACUUAAAACAAAACAUUGAAUACAAAGGAACAUAUGGUUAUGAUACAAGUAGUGAAGAUUGUAUUUCUAUAAAUUCAAUCAAUUCUGAUUAUCUUCAUUACGGUUCCUGGAAAAAUAAUAUUAUUCAAACAUCAAAAAUAAAGGAUACUUUUAUGAAAAUUCCUGAAAAGGUUCUUAAUGGUUCUAAAAUUGCAAAUACAAAUAAUAUUAAUUUUCAAAAUAUAUUACCCCUAUAUGAUAUUGAAGGCAAAAUAUGGUCAUCAAAAUCAGAAAAAAAAAAAAAUUUUAUUCCAAUUUUUGGCAAUGAAUAA